AUGGGCAAGACCGCCGUCGCUGCAGGCCCCUAUACUCUACCGCAAAAUGCGAAUAAAACGACCUUAAUGAUCUCUCCCCUCAUUGGACUGCAAAACGAGAUGGUGAACACCUUCCGGGACGAGUACAAAAUGGACGCCAUAGCGGUCAACAGCGCGCACGAGACGUCCUGGCAGACUCUGCAGGAAAUCAUCAACGGCAAAUAUCGUAUCGUGUUGCUGUCUCCCGAGAUGCUGCUCUCGCGCCCAUUUAUUGACCGUGUCCUGCGCCAUCGCAAGUUCGCUGCAAAUAUCCUUUCGAUCGUCGUAGACGAAGCUCAUUGCAUCUCUCACUGGGGGGCCGAUUUCCGCAAGAAAUACGGCCAGAUAGGAACUGCGCGAGCGUUCCUCCCACGGAGUACCCCCGUCAUUGCCCUGUCCGCUUCAUUGACACGGCGAGUCAAGCGCGAUGUCAUUGAAGUACUGCAGAUGCAGGGCCGCACUCACCCCAAGUUCUUCCUCAACGCCGGAAACGACAGGGGCAACGUCUCCAUUGUCGUGCGCCCUAUACACAACCCCAUGAAUACCUACAGCGACCUCGAUUUCGUCAUCCCACCCUCGACGACCCGCCCCGAAAACAUCCCGAAGACGUGGAUCUAUGUCGACGACAUCAACGCAGGCGGGGAGAUUAUUGACCAUCUGUGUACCCUCCUCCCGGAGCACCUUCGCGGCGUCAUCCGACCUUAUAAUGCUAUACUCUCUCCCGACUACCGAGACGAGGCGAUGCAGCUGUUUAAGCAGGGCAACGUACGAGUGCUUGUCUGCACCGAUGCUGCAGGCAUGGGAUGCAAUAUACCCGAUAUCGAAGUCGUGGUCCAGUGGAAGCUGCCCGGAAAGCUCUCUAACUUCGUACAACGUGCGGGGCGAGCAGCUCGAGAUCCUGAUAUACGCGGACUGGCUGUACUUCUCGUAGAGCCUUCCGCAUAUAAUGUAGAUCUUCUCGCCGGCUUAGACGCGGAAGUGGCAACGACGGAGAAGACAGAGAAGGGCGGGAAGGGCGGGAAGCGUCGACGUCGAAAGAAGCCGCGCAGGAAGGUUGUCAAGGGCAAGGAGUACGCGAAUCUGCGUGGACGCCAGCGGGGUGCGCGCUCGGGGAAGAAGGAUGACUUCCCACCCGGCGAUGUCGAGCAAUGCAUCCCGAGGCACGACGACGACGCCGAGGGACUGUACCAUGUUGUGCAGAGCAGGACUUGUCGCCGAGAGGUUAUCGUAGGGAUGUUUGACAGCGUCAAGACAGUCUCUCCCGGCGUCGAGUGCUGCGAUAUAUGCGCGCCAUCUCUCCUCGAUCGUACUCGGCCUGGCAAGAAUUCGCGCGCGGCUGCGGCGCCUAGACUUACGAUGGCGAAGACGCGGGAUGCAAGCCUGUACGCAGUGAUGGACGAUUGGCGAGAGGAAGUCUUCGAUCGCGACUUCAGCUGGUCCGGAAUGACGCCCGAGAUGGUUCUCCCUACCACUCUGAUAGACAAGAUCGCGCGCAUCCAGCAGCCCCUCAAGAGGACAGUCAUCGAGAGGCUCCUCAAGCUCGACUGGCUUUAUUACGAUCAGUACGGCCAAGAGAUGCUCGAUCGCUUCCCUCGAUCUACCUUCCCUCUUGCGUUCGACACUCCACCCAGCCCUCCCGCGACGAUCUCCGCCGAUGUCCCUCGCCCCUCCUCAUCUUUCAAUCCACUCAACUCUCGAUCAGCUACCGAUGCGGGCUUGGUAGACGAGCAGCGCCGCGGGACAGCACAUCGACGCUCGAGAGCGCGGAGCUACAGCGACUUCGACCUCUACCAGCCUUCAUCCACAGCCUCCGACACCGCAGUGGCCCCUGACAGCUACGAAUCCCCCUCUGCAGUCAUACGCUCGGCCUCGGCAUCCUGA